UAUCUCCCCAUCUAAUUUUACAAAAAACUCUUAUAAUUCGAAAAGUAGCAGAGGAGCUAACCAUAUAAUUCAAGCCAGACCUCUCCUUCCUAUCUCCAAAAUUAAACAAAACAAAAAUGAGAAACAUUACAACUAAGGAGGAUGAAGCCUUUGCUGCCGCCAUGCAACUCUGCGUCUCCAAUAUUUUUUGCAGCGCAGUGAAGGCAGCGUUUGAUCUCGGCAUCUUUGACAUAUUGGCCAUGGCAGGUCCUAACUCCCAGCUGACUGCCGUCGAGAUUGCCGGAAACCUGCCGGAAUGUCGGCAUGAAAAAGCUGCAAUCAUGCUAGAACCCAUAUUGGGAUAUCUUGCUACUCAUUCCCUCCUCACCUGCACUACUAAUUCCUCGUUGAAGCAAUAUGGGCUCACACCAGUAAGCAGGCUCCUAACUAAGAACAAUCAUGGGGCAUCUUUAGCUCCUCUCAUGCUCGUGGCUAAUCAAAAGGCUUUUAUAGAUAGCUGGGAUCAUUUGAAGGAAGCAGUGCAAGAGGGAGUGAAUCCAUUCAAAAGAACUCAUGGCUUAACCUUAUUUGAGUACAUGGCUAAGAACCCAAGUUUUUGUGAGUUAUUUAAUAAAGGCAUGGCAAGCAGUAGCAAUAUGGUGAUAGAAAAGCUUGUUGAAGAGUAUGGUGGUCUAAAGCAAGUAAAAGAGCUCGUCGAUGUUGGCGGUGGAAAUGGAACUUCAUUGAAAAUGAUCAUCUCUAAAUAUCCUUAUAUUAAAGGAAUUAACUUUGAUCUACCUCAUGUUGUUUCUGAGGCACCAUCUUUUCCAGGUGUGCAACAUGUUGGUGGGGACAUGUUUAUCAUGAUUCCAAGUGGAGGGACUAUUUUAUUAAAGUGGAUUCUUCAUGAUUGGAAUGAUGAGGAAUGCCUUAAAAUUUUGAAGAACUGUUGGGGCGCAUUGCCAACUUUUGGAAAAGUGAUCAUUGUGGAACAAAUUCUUCCAGAGAUUAUUGAAGAAAAUAUCGUUGUGCAACAUAGUUAUGCCAUGAAUUUAAUCAUGAUGACUAUUGCUGAUGCAAAAGAGCGUACUGAGAAAGAGUAUCGAUCGUUAGCUAAAAAAGCAAAUUUCUCUGAGUUCAAAAUCGCAUGCAAAGUAUUAAACCAUUAUGUGAUGGAGUUUGUAAAAUGAUUGUACUUUUAAUAAUCUAAUUAAAUAAAUUAUGUUGUUUGAUCUUUAAAUAUUGUCAUCAUAUUUUCUUUUUAUUGAA